CAACGUCGUUGUCGUGUUAGUCUUACUUUCCUCGUUUACUUGAACUGCUUACGGUAUGAAGCGAAAGGGUCGAGCUGCUAGUGCCUCAGCGAGUUCACCUGAAGGAAAAAAGACAAAAGUAGGAGGUGAAAACGACCCCGAAACUUCUACAACGGAUAGUAGGAUGGUUGACUUCACCACGCCAAAGAGAGUUGCUGAAACGCUUCUUGCAGUAGCGGACCUGGAGACCUUUUUCACAGAAACCUGGGAAAAGAAACCUUAUUUCGUUAAGCGAGCGAAUACAGACUUCUAUGGAGCGUUGUUUUCUAAAAAAGAUUUGGAAGCCAUUUUGAAAAAGGAAGAAAUACACUUCAUUGAAGACAUAAACUUGAGUCGCUACGUCGAAGGGAAGACAGAGCUGUUGAACGAAGAAGGCUCUCGCAUUAACUCGAAACACAUCAAAGCCACUGGAGUUUCUGUGCAGUUUCAUCAACCAGACAGAUUUAAGGACGAGAUUUGGAGAUUGGUAGAGUCACUCGAGUCGUAUCUCAAUUGUCUCGUUUUUGUUGACGCAUUUGUGUUCCAACCAGGAUCACAAGGGCUGGCUCCGCAGCAUGAUGAUAUGGAGACCUUUAUCCUCCAGACAGAGGGGAAAACCAAAUGGAAACUGUUCAGGCCUCUGCAGGAGCUCUCUCAAGAUGCUAGUCCUGACUUGGAACUGGAAGAUAUUGGUGAACCAACUGAAGAAUUUGAUUUAGAGCCUGGAGAUCUCUUGUACUUCCCUAGAGGGACUGUUUUCUUUCCAGUGCCAGUUGAAGACAAAGAUCAUACAACUUAUUUGGCACUGACCACAUUCCAGGAAAGUUCUUGGGGUAAUAUGCUGACAAGUGUAUUGACUAAAGCUGUAGAAAAAGCUAUGGAAAGUGAUGUGGAGUAUAGGAGAGGUCUUCCAAUUAAUUUUCCUUUAUUUAUGGGCAAUGGAUUGCAUGAUACUGACUCUGAUCAAGAUCCAUCUGAGUACAAUGACAACCAAAAAAGUUAUAAAGAAGAAUCUCCCAUGGAAGCAGCUGCAGAUCCAAGAAAAGCUUUCAACAAAACCUUGAUUAACCUUGUUCAUGGGCUGGAGCAGCAUUUGAGUCCUGACAAAGCUGUUGACAACUUGGUGUAUGAGUUCUUUAAUGCCCGCCUUCCUCCCUAUGCAAAAGACAUCAAAAAAGGAAAGAAGAAGAGCACCCCCACGGACGGAAGUAAAAUACGGAUUUUACAUCCAGACCAUGUCCGAGUUAUGAUCGGAGACUUGUCGGACGGUGUUGCUGGAGCUGAUGAAAGUGACGAGGAUAUGUCCCAGGCAGAAGAGGAUGGGGAAGAAAAUAGUGAAGAGGAGGAAUCGGAAGAGAGUGAGAAGGAAGACAAGAAAGGCUCGAAGAGGGGAGCAAAGGAAGAUAAACAAGGGAAAACAGAAAAAGGUAAAGCGACAAAACCGAAGAGCAAGAAAGCUGAACAAGAACAAAAAGGCGAUGAAGAAGACAUGGAGGACGAAGACGAAGAGGAAGGGAGUGGAGACGAAGAUGACCCCUUUGACAACAAGGAGGGAGGGGACGAGUACAUUUUGCUCCUGCACUCUUACAAUAAUGACAGAGCUACGCAUAUGAUGGGGAAGAAAACCUCUUGCUCAACACUGAAGUUCCCCAUUCGUUACAAGGGCGCCUUGCGUCAGAUUUCAAGCGAGCGUGACGAGUUCAUCACAGUAAGCAGCCUAGAACUUCCCGAGAAGGAGCGACUGUCAAUGGUCAAGUCAUUAUGGAACGAAGGCUUGUUGGAAUUGGAGUAGGAGGGAGUUCUAGUUGAAGUCGAGUCAGACCACCGUUGAGUUGGACACGCAUGCGUUGAGUUCAUUCAAAUAUUUUAAAACGAGAGGAUUUUCCAUGCUAACCACAAGAAAUAGUUAUCGUUGUGUUCUGCGUGAUACACAUACUACUGUUGUCAAAACUGAGAGAAAAUCUGUUGUGUUGUAAAUAACCAAACAUUAAGGCUUCCUUAAAGAGUCUCAAACUGUCUUCAGUUCGGUUAUAAAGUUGAUGAAUUAAAAAAGGAAUAGAAUUGGAAAA